CAAGAUGCUGAUCUCGCAGGAGGUGAUCUCGAAAGCAGAGGAAAUCGCUGACCAGGUAAUCCGCAAUGGAAAACAUAUAUUGCCAACUCUUGCAAGAGUUUGCCUUAUAGCCACAUUCUUAGAAGAUGGAUUAAGAAUGUGGUUUCAAUGGUCAGAACAAAGAGAAUUUAUGAACAGUACUUGGGGUUGUGGCACUUUCUUAGCUACAAUGUUUGUACUGGUUAAUUUAAUUGGACAGCUUGGAGGUUGUGUCAUGGUUAUUGGCAGAUGGAAAGUCAGCAUUGCUUGUGGAAUUUUGUUCUUCAUAGUGGUCCUACAAACAUUAGCUUACAACAUUCUAUGGGAUGUAACAUUUUUGUUCAGAAAUCUAGCACUAAUAGGUGCUCUUCUUCUGGUUCUGGCUGAAUCAAGAGUAGAAGGAAGAUCUUUGUUUGCUGGAGUACCUAGUCUUGGAGACAAUAAACCCAAAAAUCUGCUACAAUUAGCCGGCAGAAUUUUGUUGGCAUUUAUGUUUACCACAUUGAUUCGCAUUGAAAUAUCGUUCCUUCAAAUAAUGCAGGAUAUUCUUGGAAGUAUUUUGAUGGUCUUGGUAACUAUUGGAUACAAGACCAAGCUCAGUGCAUUGUUACUUGUUUUGCUAUUGUCUGCGCUUAAUCUUUAUCAUAAUGCAUGGUGGGCCAUUCCAGAAUAUAAAGCACUUAGGGAUUUCCUUAAAUAUGACUUCUUUCAGACAUUGUCAGUGAUUGGUGGCCUUUUAAUGAUAGUUUCAUUAGGUCCUGGAGGUGUAUCAAUGGAUGAACAUAAGAAAGAGUGGUAG